AGAAAAAGUUCUUUCUGGUGGACGGACUCACUUCACGUGCCCCGCCGUAGAAACAUCUCGUUUGCUGUUGUGACAAAGACUACCUGUGUUGUUAGAGUUUUUUUUUCUUCUGCAAUCUAUUGGCAGUGUAAAAAGCAGGAAUGAACUUCACCUAAGUGAAUAUACUACAAAAAGCUUCUCUGCUCUUGACAAGUAAUUUGAUAAACUUUUAAACCCUGAUACUGUGCUACAUAUUUGAUACAAAUUGACUGUUAGGAGAGGGGAGGUGAAAAUCUAGGAAUUCUGCAGAGGGUUAUUUGUGGGACCAACUCGUUACACACUCUGUUGAAUUGUAUAUGCCAACUUAUCAACUACAAACUAUUUUCAAAAAUGUCUGACGUUGAGCGUAUACGGCUGGUGAUUCUGGGCGGGGCAGGAGUAGGAAAAAGUUGUAUCAUCAAACGUUUUCUUUUGAAAACGUACUCGGACAAGUAUAGACCAACUGUAGAGGAUUUGUACAAUCGAGAGUAUGAUUUUGGCACCGUUACACUCAAGGUUGACGUUCUGGAUACAUCUGGGGACAUGCAGUUUCCGGCAAUGAGACGACUUUCCAUCGCUACCGCACAUGCUUUUUUGCUGGUGUACUCGACCACUUCCGAGCCAAGUUUGGGUUGUGUUAAGCAGUGCUUUGAGGAGAUUCGCGAGCAACGAGCCGAUUACCAAGAUAUUCCUAUAGUAAUUGUAGGUAAUAAGAGCGAUCUUAGUGUGAAACACCGUGAAGUACGCAUCGAAGAUGUCUCGGAAUGGGUAUUCUGUGAAUUGCCCAAAUUGAAGGUUAAGGUUAUGGAGUGUUCCGCUAAAGAUGACGUUAAUAUUGUUGAAGUCUUUAAAACAUUUUUGUCACUGUCCCGUAUCAUUCCGGCCAGCGGCAUUAGUGAGUCGACUUCAGGACUGAAGAGGCGCUCAUCGGCUUACGUUAGUGCUAGUAGUAAAGAUAAAAUGAAAACCGGAAAUCCGUCCAUUAGUUGCGAAAGGUUUUCAAAAGAAUCAUCAUUCUUAUCUGCUGGUUGCAGCGAUGAGGCUUCAACCAGUGAUUCUAAAUCGAAACCAAGAUCUAGAUCACUUAUUAGGAGAUCUUCAAGGAAGACAAAACAACAGAUUCAGAAUGCAUCUGGUACAGAAGACUGCAAUAUUCAAUAAAAAAUGCAGUCAUAAACGGCUCUGAAAUCUAAUACAAAAUAAGAAAAAAA